GCUCUUGAAUGCGACACAGUUUCACAAUCAGAACUUUGCGCUCGACGCCCUUCGCCUGUUCCUCUGAGACAUCCGAGGCGGAAACCAUGGCCGCCGGACCCCCUGUCAUCAUAUGGGAGCACGAGGUGCGGCGCUUGUUGCAUUACAGAGAGCUGGUCCCCCGUCUGGAGGAGGCUUUGGGGAAAUUCUCCAGACGGGACAGCGCUGAGGUGGUCCAGCCGGUGCGCACCACGGUUUCCUUGCAGAAACACCACGGGUUUAUGGGGCUGAUGCCCACAUACAUGGAGAAAGACGGACUCCUGUCCACAAAGUUUGUGUGUUUCUAUAAGAGGGAAGACGGCUCCACGCUGCCAGCUGUUCAAACCACAGUGGUGCUGCUGGAUCCAGAGUACGGGAACGUCAAAGCCGUCAUGGAUGGAGAGGUCAUCACGUGUAUGAGGACCGCUGCAGCCUCAGCCAUCUCUGCAAAGCUGCUGAUGCGUCCUGGAGCAGAGGUUCUGGCCAUUUUGGGGACCGGAAGACAGGCCCACAGUCAUUAUAAUCUCUUCACUGAAAUGUUUCCUUUUAAAGAGGUGAGAGUGUGGAACCGCUCGAGAGAAGGAGCGGAGAGGUUCCUCAGGUCGGUCGGCGGCGCCGUGACGUUAUGCAGCUCGGUGGAGGAAGCGGUGAGAGGAGCGGACGUCAUAGUGACGGUGACCAGAUGCACCGAGCCGGUGCUUUACGGUCAGUGGGUCAAACCCGGAGCCCACGUGGCAGCGGUGGGAGCGUGCAGGCCGGACUGGAGGGAGCUGGAUGACGUGCUGAUGAAGGAGGCCGUGGUGUAUGUCGACAGCAGGGAGGGAGCGAUGGCGGAGUCUGGCGACGUCAUCCUCUCUGGGGCUGAGGUGUUUGCAGAGCUCGGAGAUGUUAUUAAUGGGGUGAAACCUGCUCAUAGAGAGAAGACGACCGUGUUCAAAUCCCUCGGUAUGGGAGUUGAAGAUGCAGUGUCUGCUAAGCUGGUGUUCGACCAAUGGAAAGCCAACACCAGCCAACAACCAUGAAGUGGUCACGCGCUCUAAUAACGCUUUUUUUUUCAUUUAACAAAUCAUUGUGUAACUUCAUUUACUAGACAGAAACACAGAUACCAGCCUCACCACAGAACUGUAGAAAUCUGCCGUGGUCAGUUGGUAUGUUGAUGAAUUGACAGCAAAAUGAUUAGCAAAAAUGUGAUGAUUUAACGAGCGAUUUAAACAAAGCUGACGGGAUCUAAAGCUUUGCUAACAGCCCUGUGAGGCUGUGUUUGCUUGCAGAUAUUUAGGUGGAAUUUUAAUAAGGAUCUAAUCAUUAGACUUUCCAGCUGGAAAGUUGUGCAGGCAAUAAGAGCUCAGCAAUUUCUCAGACUAAAUAUUUUGAUGGUUACACUUGGAAUGAUUGACUCGGGCUCUUGAGAAUUGAUGGAUUUUAACUUAACGCUAACAAAGAAAUGGCCUCAGCUGAGAAAGAACAGAUUUCCCUUGUUAAAUUUCUACCCAAACAUCCUGUUGACAUAUAAGUGUCAUGUUAGAUUAAUAUGUAAUCGUGUCAUAUUUCACCAGUUACCACAAAUCAGUGCAGCUUAAACACUAACAUAUUAAUUUAUAUUAUUCAUAUAUUAAAUUACAAACACUCAUAAUGCAGGCUGGCACGUUUCUGUUUGUAUUUUUUAGGUGUCUCACUUGGUUCAGAGAAAUUUCACAUUUUUCUAAGUUUUUUUUAUAUAAAACAUGAGGAAGUGAUCACUGGUUGUAGACUCACAUGAGCCAUUUCCACAGGUCGUUGUGUGCAACAGAAGAUACAAGUCACAGCGGGAUUUUCAGUGAAUGUAUUUGCUUAAAAAAAUGCAUAUUACUAUGUGAAAAUUAAACCACAUUUAGUAAGAAAGACAA